AUGCCUCCCAUCAAGAAAAAAGCUGGCCGCCCUAAGAAGGACGCAAAGAGCGACAAUGUUGCCGUGACUGUUUCAAGUCCCAGUGAAUCGCCCAUUCAGUUCCCAGUAUUCAAGUGCCUAUGGGAAAAGUGUCAAACGGAGCUUCAUUCAUUGGUUUUGCUCCAGCAACACGUGCUGAAGGCCCAUAUUCCUCACAAUAUCACCUGUGGCUGGAAGGAGUGCGACAACUCGGAUCCUAUGCCCGCGUCGACGUUGUGGGAGCAUCUGAGAGAUAGUCAUUUUAAAGACUAUGCGUGGGCCUUAGGGGAUGGUCCUGCGGUGCCUUCACCUGGCGAAGAUGAUCAAGAUGAGUCGCCCUUCGUUCCUCAAUUCGACCUCUUUGAUCGCCAUGCGCGUCCGGCGACCGUGCUUCUCCCCUUGGAUGACUAUGUAGUCGCAGGAUACAGCAAGUCUCAUGGUAUCAAAAACUCCAAGCAGAGGGCGGAGUUAUUCAAAGAUGCAGGAUGUCGCUGGAAGGAGGAGGCUGGGCCUGAUGUUGAUAUCAGCGACCGAAGGCUCUCCACACCUCCACGUCUGGUGACUAGUCGCCUCACCGAAAUCGCAAUGACACCGUCCGAGUCUCCAUAAUUGGCCCCCAUG